AUGUCCUCCCCGAGACGUGAAGAGGGCGAGACACCCGCACCCACGAACGCCGGAGACGCCGACAUGAAGCCUGCCGCCGCUUCCCCGCCACCAUCGCAACCCGACGCCGGAUCCGACACGAAGAAGCGGAAAGAGCUCGACGGCGGCGACGCCGAGAUGAAGGACGAGUCGAAAGGCGACUCGAAGGACGAGACGAAGCAGGAGGAAAAGGAGGAGGGAGAAGCGGAGGAGAAGCCGAAGCCGGAGAAGCGCCGGCGGAUAGACGACGGCAAGCGCUCGGCGCGCAUGUUUGGGAAUAUCCUCGGCACGCUGCGCAAGUUCCAGGACGACGAGGGCAAGACGAAGAAGAGCGAGGCGGCCCAGCGCCGUGCCGCGACGCAAUCACGGAUAGCAGCGCGUCUGCAGACGGAUGCGAUCCAGUCCUCGGCCCUGCUAGCGGCUGAGCGCGAGCUGCGCGCCGUCCAAAGCGCCCUGGCGGCCGAUACAUUCCUCGACCGCCAGCUCGCCGCCGAGGCGCGGCACCAGCUCCUCGACUCCGCCAAGGGAUACCUUUCCACGACGCCUUCGCCUCCCCUCUCUCGCGCCGGUCUCGGCGCCUCUUCCGCACCCCGGCAUCCGUCCCGAAACGCCAUGAACGCUGUCCAGCCCGACCAGCUCUUCCCCGGCGACCUUCUGCCCAGUGCAUCAGUCGCGAGCGCCAAGGGCAUCAGCGCGCUGUACUUCCUCCCCAAGAUCCUCACGCCGGAACAGGAGGACACGCUCAGACGGCAAGAGCGCGAUGUUGCGGAGUUGAUCGAGAGGGAGAAGAGCCAGAUCGAGGGGGAGAGGGAACGGCAUGCCGAGACGCGCGCGGCGCAGGGGAAGAAGCUCCGCGAGCUGCGACAGAGGGUCGAUGAGCUCCGCGCACAGGAGAAGGAGAAGCACGUGCAGAAGGGCCAGGAGAUGGACGUGGAAGCGUGA